UGACCGUUGCCUCCCACGACCAAACAAAACCAAAAGCAGGCGUUUUCAAAAUUAGCAACAAUUAACAAUAGAUUUGUAGGAAAUCCAACACCACUGAUAGUUGAAAUCCGAAAUCCGCAUUUAUUCCUUCGAAUCCGAUUCCACAACGCUCAACGCACCCAUUAUUCUGUACACUUUCUCCCCUUUUCUUAUUCGGUUCUUCUUGGUUGCAUAAAGCAAUAAAUAAUCAGUGACCUAAGAAAUUUGAAAGAGUUACAUGUUCGGGGAAUGUGGAAGAAGGGUGCAGAGAAAAUGAAAAAUGAGGUUUUGAAUGUGGUGGAAAAAGAAGAAGAGAUGCAACAUCCAUAUGCAUUCCAUGUUUCUGGUCCCCGUAAUGUGUCUUCCCCAAACUGGAAGGAUCUCAUCAAUUCCAGUUGUACUGUUUACAGGAAGGAUGGUAAUUAUAAAAGGACAGUAAUUGCAUGUUUUAUACAAGCAGUGUACCUGCUUGAACUCGACAAACAAGAAAACCGAACUGGGGAAAAUGCUCUUGCUCCUAAGUGGUGGAUCCCCUUUAAGUACAAGCUGGUUGAAAUCCUCAUAGACGAAAGAGAUGGAUCAAUUUUUGGGGCAAUACUGGAAUGGGAUCGUGCUGCAGCUUUAGCAGAAUUUGUACUCAUCAGACCAAAUGGAGCGCCGAGGGCAGUUUUGGCACUUAGAGGAACACUGCUUAAAAGCCCGACAAUUAGACGGGACAUUGAGGAUGAUCUCCGGUUCCUAGCUCUUGAAACUUUGAAGGGAUCAUUCAGAUUCAGUUGUACUUUAAAGGCCUUGAAAUCGAUCACUGAUAAAUAUGGAAGCAGCAAUGUGUGUAUUGCUGGCCAUUCUUUGGGGGCUGGCUUUGCUCUCCAAGUUGGGAAAGCAUUAGCCAAAGAAGGAAUCCACGUGGAGGCGCAUUUGUUCAAUCCACCCUCAGUUUCAUUAGCCAUGAGUUUACGCAACAUCGGGGAAAAAUCUGGGGUUGUUUGGAAGAGGCUCAGGUCAAUGAUUACUUCGACUACAGAAACAAACGGAGAGGAAGUUAAAUCUGUUGCUAUGGGAUCAAAGCAAUGGAUACCCCACUUAUAUGUAAACAAUAGCGACUACAUUUGUUGCUAUUUUACCGAUCCAGAUGGGAUCAACAACAAAACUUCUGAUAAAGAAAAUGCAAAACCACCAAAUGGACUGGUUCCUGCAAAACUUUUCGUCCUUUCGAAGGGCAAACAGAAGUUUCUCGAGGCUCACGGUUUGGAACAAUGGUGGUCUGAUGACUUGGAAUUACAAAUGGCACUUAAUAACAGUAAGCUGAUUAGCAGGCAGUUGAAGUCCUUGUAUAGCCUCCCCGCACCUUCACAACAAACACAAAGCAAGAGUUGAUAAUGAGAAGUGGUUCUUGCUAAUUGUUGAAAUAAAUUAUUUACUGUCACAUAAAACUUUGUGAUACCAAUGUCUUUUGUUUUUUCUGUUGUUUAAUGAACUGUGUGUUCACAGUAAUACAAUUGUUGUCUCAUCUGUCUGAUGACAGAUUAUUUGUCAUGGAAGUUCAUGAUAUUAAACGUUUUUCUU